AUGGACGCGAAGUCGACCCCCGUCGCGGCCGCCGCCGGCAUCCCCACCCCCAUCACGCCGUCGCAUCAACUGCCCGUGGACCAUGAGGAGCCUGAGCUUACAGUCUGGGAGCGGCUAGCGGACCGCGUGCACGAGAAUCAAGCCGUGAUCAACACCUUCAUCGCUGGUGGUCUUGCCGGCGCUGCGUCCCGAACAGUCGUAUCCCCGUUAGAACGACUAAAGAUCAUUCUCCAGGUUCAGAGCUCCAAACCGGGAGGCUCGGGAGAGGCGUACGAUGGCGUGUGGAAGAGUCUGGUCCGCAUGUGGAAAGAUGAGGGCUUCAAGGGCUUCAUGAAGGGAAAUGGGAUCAACGUCAUUCGAAUCCUGCCCUACUCCGCGCUCCAAUUCUCCUCGUACGGCAUCUUCAAGACGCUCCUGCGCAACUGGUCCGGACAAGAGGAGCUGUCCUCCUUCCUGCGCCUAACGGCAGGCGCGGGUGCCGGUAUCGUGGCUGUCGUGGCAACCUACCCUCUCGACUUGGUGCGCGCGCGUCUCUCCAUCGCGACGGCGAACAUGGCGCAAACGGGUGCCGGAGCAGCCUUCAGUGCCCAGGACGCCAAGCUCGGAAUUGCGGGCAUGACGAAAAAGGUGUACCAGACAGAAGGCGGUCUGCGGGGCCUCUACAGGGGAUGCUGGGCGACGGCAAUCGGCGUGGCGCCCUAUGUCUCGCUCAACUUCUACAUGUACGAGAACCUGAAGCACGUCCUGAUGCCGCCAGACCACGAGAUGGGCGAGGCCGAGUUUGCGAUCCGCAAGCUGACCUGCGGCGGUCUCGCCGGUGCCAUUUCCCUCCUCUUCACGCAUCCGUUCGACGUUCUCCGGAGAAAGAUGCAGGUCGCUGGACUCCAAGCUCUCAGUCCGCAGUACAACGGCGCCAUCGACGCGAUGCGGCAGACGAUCAAGGCCGACGGAUUCUGGAAGGGCAUGUACCGUGGCCUCGUCCCGAAUAUGAUCAAGAUCGUGCCGAGUAUGGCCGUGUCGUUCUACACUUUCGACACGGUGCAUGACGCGCUCAACCGGUGGCAGCACAUCGAUGAGGACGAGUACGCCUAA